UCUUUCUUUCAAUUUUUAUAUAGAGUUCCCAACAAGGAUUCUCUCUUGUGUGUCUCUCUCUCCCAUUCUCACACUCUCAACCAUAUUCUGACUCGUCUGAUUCAGAUUCACUUUGAUCUCUGAAAUCUGAUCACAAAGGAGGAUUCAAAUGGCUGUAGUUGUAGCAUCUGCACCUGGGAAAGUAUUGUUGACAGGAGGAUACCUAAUAUUAGAAAGACCAAAUGCUGGAAUUGUUCUAAGUACCAAUGCUCGUUUCUAUGCAAUCAUCAAACCUAUUCAUCAGGAUUUGAAAUCUGAUUCUUUGCUUUGGUCAUGGACGGAUGUGAAGCUAACAUCACCUCAGCUAUCUAGACAGACUGAAUACAAGAUGUCACUAAAAAACUCAACCCUCCAGUGUAUCUCUCCAAGGGAUUUGGCAAACCCUUUUGUGGAACAAGCAGUUCAGUAUGCAGUAGCAGCUGCACAUACGAUUCUGGUUAAGAGCAGUCAGAAGGAUUUGCUACAUAAGCGAAUUUUGCAAGGUCUUGAUAUUACAAUUUUAGGCUCCAACGAUUUCUAUUCAUAUCGCAAUCAGAUUGAGGCACGUGGGCUCCCUUUGACACCAGAAGCGUUGGCGUCGCUUCCACCCUUUUCACCAAUUACUUUCAACUCAGAUGCUAACGGAGCAAAUUGCAAACCUGAAGUUGCAAAAACUGGUCUCGGCUCCUCUGCAGCAAUGACAACUGCAGUGGUUGCUGCUUUGCUUCAGUAUCUUGGAGUUGUUAAGCUCCCUCUUUCGUCAAACACUUUGCUUCGAGUUGAAAGUGAGGAUCUUGAUUUGGUUCAUAUGGUAGCUCAAAGUGCUCACUGUAUUGCCCAAGGGAAGGUUGGCAGUGGUUUUGAUGUCAGUUCUGCAGUGUAUGGUAGUCAACGUUACGUUCGAUUUUCGCCCGGCGUGCUCUCUUCUGCUCAGGUUGCGGCUAAUUGCCUGUCAUCACAAGAGGUUAUCACUGAUGUGCUGAAAGGAAAGUGGGAUCAUGAAAAGGCUAAAUUCCCCUUGCCCCCAUUAAUGACCCUCGUACUAGGGGAACCAGGAAAUGGAGGGUCAUCUACACCAUCAAUGGUUGGUGCUGUAAAGAAAUGGCAAGCAUCUGAACCUCAAAAGUCCCAAGAAACAUGGAAAAGGUUGUUGGAUGCGAACUCUUUGCUUGAAAGACAACUAAAUGCAUUGAGCAUGCUUGCAGAAGAGCAGUGGGAAACAUACAAAUAUGUUUUGAAUAGCUGCAGUAAUCUUCACUCGGAGAAGUGGAAGGAGCACGCAUCUGAUGGACGUAAAGAAGCUGUUGUCAAAGCAUUGUUAGGGGCAAGAGAUUCAAUCAUCAACAUCAGAUGUCAUAUGCGCAAGAUGGGAGAUGAAGCAGGUGUCCCGAUUGAACCUGAAUCCCAGACAAAGCUUUUGGACGCUACUAUGAAUACUGAAGGAGUUCUGUUGGCUGGAGUUCCUGGAGCAGGUGGAUUCGACGCAAUUUUUGCAGUCACUUUAAGAGAGUCCACCAACAAGGUGACAAAUAUGUGGAGUUCACGUGGAGUUAUGUCUCUGUUGGUUAGAGAAGAUCCCCGAGGCGUUUCUAUCGAAAAUAAAGAUCCACGAAUCAGAGGAAUCUCAUCGGGCAUUUCUGCAGUUCAUAUUUAACUAAUCACUGUAUUGUAUCUGCUCCUUCAUUGUUAUAUGAUACAGUAUAAAAGUCACCUCUUAACGCAAUAAAUAAGAAAAUAUGCUCAAGGUUUCUUGGUAGAUGUAGGUCGUGAAUGCUCUGGUGAGUGGGUAAGUUAAAUACUCUCACCCAAGAAUGAAAAUAUAGACAUUGUUUAGAUAUUGUAAUUUUAGUUAGUCAAAUAAUUUGCAAUGUAAACAUAAAGUGACUUCUUCAGCUUUGGACAGGGUUUGGUUCCAUCAUGUUUUGUAAAAAAAAACUGGUUCAUUAUCUGCUUUUUCUCCUUUCUAAUGCAUUUCUUGAUAUGAAAGAA